AUGGUAGGAAAACAGCGAGACAACCAGCAAAGCUUACUUGAUCUUAGUACCAUUGCACUUGGCAUAUGGUGUGAUAAAAUUUUUGGCUAUCGUUUUCCACAAGCUAUUGGACCUGAUGACAUUCCAAUUAAUCAGAAAUGUCCAAUCUCAAAAGAUCUGAGUCAGCUUGAGAAGGCAUCAAGCAAUCUACCGAAAUGUGGCGAUGGUGAAGACAAUAGCAGCGUAAAAGCAUCAUUUGGAGCAAUUAAAUCGAAAUUAACAAAUGAAAAGAUUAUUUUCGAUACUAUUGCAUUUAUGAAACAUGAAUCAUCAAACCUAGUUCAACUCUGUGAGGCUACAAAAGGAUUCUACUAUAUAAAUGUACCUUAUGAUAAAAUGGAGAUGGCAAAGUUAUUUGAACGCGAAGCAUCACUUAUGGUUUGUUUACGUGAUGAGAAGUCACAUGCAAAGCUGAAAAACCGGAAAUUCGUUCAACAGAAAAGCUAUAUCAACCUGCCGUUAAUGUUAAGAACACAAAGAUAAAUAUAGGUCAAGUGCCGGCCAUGUCAAUUCGUCGGAUAUCAAAGGAACUUGACGAUUUGAAAAAGUCAUCAUUCGAUAAUUUUACUGUGUUUUUAACAGAAGAUAAUUCACUCUUCUGAAAAGUUAUUAUGAAGGGACCUGAUGGUACGCCAUAUGUUAGCUAUCAUUGGUUGCUGUCAGUGAAGUUCUCAUCUAACUUUCCUUUUCAGCCACCUAAUAUACGCUUCAUAACACCUAUAUAUCAUUGCAAUAUAAAUGAGGAUGGUCGCAUCUGUCAUGAUAUUUUACAAAACCAUUGGACUCCUCAUACAACAAUGCGGACUGUAUUUCAAGAGAUACUCAAUUUAAUACGUGAUCCCAAUCCAGAUUAUGCUCUUUCUGCAGUGAAGGGUGCUCAGUACAUAUCGAAUCGUUUGGAUUAUGAAAAAUUGAUUAAAGAUCUGAAUGAGAAAAAAGCAAAGAAGACAAUUUUCGAAAUUAUGAAUGAAUAUAAAUUGACUCAAGAGUAAUCUAAAAGUUUCAUAUGACAACAUAUUACUAAAUAUUUUGUUUCCAUUCUUGAUAAAUAACAUGUAAAUUUCAAAAAUGUAAAGAGAGUAAUAAAGGAAACUGUUGAGAGUUUUAUGUAUAAAAUUCACGAGAUACCACUGUUGAAAAAUAUCCCUCGAUCGGAUCCGAGUUAUUACUAGAACUCUCUUAGGAU